AAUAAUGCAUUGAUCUUGAUGAAAACAAUCAGGUGUAUUUAGGUUGUGUUGGUAUCUAGGACGGAGUGCAGUUUGAUCCAAAUCUUAGAUCUGCUGGGCUCAAGUUGUGCAAUUGUGGAUGAGGUGAACUGAGAGUGAUACAGGGUUAUCAAGUUUAAUAUUGGAUCAGGCUUGAUUGUGUGAAGGGGGACUGCAGGGCCUUGGUGGAGGUAUGCGCUCUACUGAGUGCCAUACUAUGAAAAGUGUAUUUAAGUAAGUUUUGCCCUUCACUAUAUCCCUGGGUGUACUUACCUACUUUGCAGGUCAUUGCAGCUGUUUACUUCUUCACUGUUGACAACACUGGUGUAUUAUAAUGUUACAGCUCACCAACUUGUCAGUCACUUCAUACGCCUGUGCAUUUGGUUCUGGUUUUUGAGUGUGUGUGUUGGUGAGAAUCUUUUGCAUGAGUGUGUUUAUUUGUCCAGUGUCAGUCAAGCUCCCCCUUCCAGACCCUCAGACCACCAGAGGCAGGGAGGCUGUCUCCGUAGACAGUGAAGCUGAAGAUGGGCUCUCGUCCCUGGGCUCAGAUCUCUGGGCAGCCCUGGAGCACCUCCGGGUCUCUGUGGGGCUGGGUGGUGUCACGGCUGCACUUGGACUGGACAUCAAGGUUCUUUCAGGAGGAUGAAGAGAUGCUGAUUCUGACUCACAGUGAUGAACUGAACAGAAUCUACGGUGAGCAGAGCCGAUCGCCUUAUGACAACAUCGCAAACAUAAAUAAUCCCAGCUGUGAUGAGACCAGGAGAAGCAGAUCAUCUAAGACUGAUUAUCCCAGUAUGAGGGAGAGACCAGCUCCAAAUCAAAUGGGGUCCACCAGCAGCUCUUGGCAGGAGAGCCCAGCUUUUAAAGAAACCAGAGCUACUGUUAUCUCCUCCGGACCCAGUACCAUCACCAUAACUUCAGCAGUUUCCACUGCAGGCCCACUGUGGUUCAAAAACCCCGGAAGUUAUGGCAAAGGGAGAGUAUCUUCUGAGAUGCAUGCUGACAAGGCGGGAAGCAACAGUGAGGAAAGUUUCAAUCAGAGUGACGAGGGAGGAUCCUGCCGGUUGGUCGGGCUGCUGAGAGGGAAUAUGCAAAAACGGAGACUUUUGGAAGAUGGAGAGGAGAAAAAGGAAGGAGAGGAAGCUGUGGAGGGGCCUUCUCAGUUCUGUCCCAGCCUUGAAGAAGAGAGAGCAAGGAUGAGCCCAGAACUGGCAGCCAGCACUGGCACCACAGAUCUGAAUCCGUCUGCCACCAUCACCGCCUGGGAGGCUGGCUGGAACGUCACAAAUGCUAUACAGGGUAUCUUCGUGUUGGGUUUACCCUUCGCUCUGGUCAGGUCGGGUUACGUGGGUCUCGUUCUGCUGGUUCUGUCGGCCUGGGUCUGCAACCACACGGGCAGGAUCCUGGUGGCCUGUCUGUAUGAGGAAGAACAAAGCGGAGGGUCUGGCUCAGUGUCAAGAGUCCGAGUGCGACGCAGCUACCAGGACAUCGUGGAGGCCUGCUGCAAAGGGCUGUGGCCACACUGGCCUGGACUGGGCGGCUGGAUGGUCAAUGUAGCUCAGGUGAUUGAGCUGCUGAUGACCUGCACGCUGUAUCUAGUCGUCUCCACCAGUCUGUUAUCUGACAGCCUGACGGGGAUGACUGUCCCCAGAUCAGUGUGUUCUCUGGUGUCUCUGAUGUUCCUGCUGCCCUGUCUGCUGCUGACUGAUCUCAGGCCAGUCUCCGCGCUCAGCCUGCUGUGCUCCCUGGCUCACAUGCUGAUCAGCCUGUUGGUCAUGCUGUACUGUCUGAGCCGAGCCAGCAGCUGGUCCUGGUCCUCUCUGACGCUGUCCGCCGACCCGGAGGACUUCCUCGUCUCUGUGGGCGUCAUCAUCUUCUCCUACACCUCGCAGAUCUUCCUCCCUCCUCUGGAGGGCAGCAUGGAGGACCGAGGGCAGUUUAACGCCAUGCUGGGGUGGACUCAUGGUGCCGCCUGCAUCAUGAAAACAAUGUUUUCCUUACUGGCCGUGUUGACCUGGGGGACGGGGACCAGCGAGGUCAUCACAGACAACCUGCCCUCUGACCUCCGACCGCUCGUCAACCUGUGUCUGCUGGCGAAAGCCCUGCUGUCCUACCCUCUGCCAUUCUACUCCGCCGCUGAAAUACUGCAAACGUGCCUGCUUGGAGACGCUGCGGUGUCAUCCUACUCCAAACACAGAGGUGUGUCCAGCCCGGCCCUGCUGGUCCGCGGCGCCCUGCUGAUGACAUCAUACCUCCUGGCUCUGCUGGUGCCCAGGUUCUCCCUGUUGAUGGGUUUGACAGGCAGUGUGACCGGGGCGGCCAUGACACUCAUACUGCCGUGCCUGUUUCACCUCAGACUGCAGUGGGGCCGCCUCGCUGUGAGGGAGCGGCUGAUAGAUGUGUGUAUUCUCAGUCUGGGGGUCGUCUGCAGCGCGUCUGGAGUGAUUUGCUCAGUGAAAAGACUGGUGGAAGGACUGUAGGAGGGGAGUGACGGAUGGAUGGACAGGUCAUUUGGGUCAGUUUGUAGAAAAUGACAGCUGCGAGCUCCCCCCCUACCCUUAAAACUUUCCUUAGAGAACUUUCACCGAGUCUGCAAUCCUCUCAGCUUCCUUGAGCAUUUUAAGCAUGUUUCAGCUCAUUGUUUUGGCUGCUUUCACUGAAAAAAAAGCUCCAUAAAUACAUUGUACAGUACUUUCCCAGCACCAAACAGCAGAGCGACAAAGUUAGCCAAGUCGAUUAGAGCACAGAGCAUUACAUAGGAAAAGUUUAUUUCCGCUCCCUGAGCUCCCACAUGGCCAAACAUUGCUAAUUGCAAGUAUAAACAUACUUGCACAAAAUAUAUGUAAUUUUUUUGAAGACAUGGAGAAAGGUCAGAUGUCUAACAGAGACACUUUGGUUUGAUAUCAGAUCGGAGCUAGCAACUGAAGGCAGCAGUAGUUGAGGACAUAGAGGCCAUCUUUCUCCAGAAAGUUAAAUAUUGUUGCUUUGAGUAGUGUGGUAACUGUUUCUAUCGUGAGGUGUAGAUACGUAAAAACAUGUAGUGUUGUUUAUUUUCUGCCAUAAUAUUAAUGAUUAAGCAUUUACUUUUAAAAGAACAAGGCAACCAUUUGAAGCAGCCCGUCCUCACCAGAGACAUUACAGCUGUGGUGGUCUUUGGUCACAUUUAUUGUUCGGCGGCCUCUAGUGGUCGUACAAAUUGGCGGAACAGUGAAUGUACAACGUCGACUAUAACCAGCCAACUCCAUAUGUGGAGGUAGAUGUCACCCAGACUGUCACCAAGGAGACUGCUAUUCCUCAACCUUACCAAGAAGUAUGAGCACCUGGACCAAACCGAAAACUGUGACAGUUUCAAAAUGUUGGCUGUGUUUCAGAGAAUGUUAACGUGUCGUCAAGUUUUAGGAUGCAAUGGUUAACUGACUUAAGUGACAGGCUGUAUGUCUGGUCAGGGGUAAAAUGCUCAGCAAAAAUCCAAAGCCAGACUGAAGUGAAUACUUUGAUUAUAACCUAUUUUAUCUGCGUAAGUGUAAUCAUCUAGUAUUGAGUUUAAGCAUGAAAGAUUCACACGUCGGCGCUGUGAAGUCGAAGAGUUCAUGGCUGAAAUGCAAUCACAGAGAAAUUGUAGAUGUCAUGUCGUACAAUUUGAAAGCAAUAGCUUGUAACAGAGGUCGCCAAUGUCAAUGUGAGAUUAAAGCAGACGUUCUGUAUGAAGCUUCAUCAUCAUUUAUCUGUCAUUCAUGAAAUGCUUUUAAACAACUUUGUCAGUUACCCUUCAUACAACACGCUGAACACACUGAACAUCGAAGUAUUACAGUAUUAUAAGAAAUAUAAGGUCAAUUCAAUCCUUUGGUUACCAUGGUGACAUACUCCAUAUGGUUCCAAGCGAAGUGACAAAAAUUUUUUAAAAAAUCAUGACUUCUGCCACGUGUUUCUUUGAGCUUCUUACGCAUAUUCACCUGUCAGCACAUGGAUGAUUUGUGGCAUCCUAUUACAGGAAGCAUCAAAACUAUUACAUCUCAUUUCCCACACUGCCUAGAUGUGAGAAGAAGAAAUCGAACUAUAUAAAAUUCUUGUUUUUCAGGACUGACACAAAGUGGGUCAGAAAAGGCGAAGAUCGUCCCAGUUUGUUUUCAUACUGUGACUCAAAACCGUACCCUGAAAAGUGCCGAUUUUUAGUUCCCGUCUCUGGUGUCACUGUAAGAAGACAAGAUAAUUAUGGCCAUUAGUG